AUGUGGGUGACUGUAGGAGAAGAGCCAAAAGGUUUUUCCGGAUCGCAUGCCAACAAUAUUGCAGACAUUAUAUCCUCAGGACACACAUUUGUUACUCUGCAUGCUGUUGUGUAGCUAAGUAUUUCUUCAUUUCUCUUUGACUGCUAGGGAAAGAUUGGUAUUUGUUGCACUUAACGCUUACUGUGAUGGAUGUGAAUGACAACGUACCUGAAUGGGCCAUGAAGCCCUUCCCAUUCUUGGCUGUGGUUUCUCCCCAAGCUACAGAAGGAACUGAAGUAUAUAAGCUGCUGGCUGUGGAUGCGGAUGAAGGGAUCAAUGGAACCGUAGAAUAUUUUCUCCUGGAAGGUGGAGAAGGCAGAUUUCAGGUUGAGAGGGACACGGGCUGGAUUAAAACAACAGGCUUGCCAUUAGUGAGGAAUAAGGAGUAUUUGCUGACCGUGCUGGCAGCAGAUAAACUUGGAAGCAAAGGGUCUCCAGCCUCUGUUUCUGUAAUUGCUGGCUUUCGACCACCACAGUUCACCAACACAUCAUACUUGGUUUAUGUUCCUGAAAAUACAGCAGAAGGAAAAUCAUUUCUUAGGGUCACUGCUGUAUCAUAUCAAAACAAAUCCCUGAGCUACACUUUGCUAACCAAUCCAAGUGGUCUGUUCAGCAUUGAUCAGGCAACAGGGGAUAUCAGCUUAACGCAGAGCGUGGAUUAUGAGAGUGACCAACACCAGUACCUUCUUUUGGUCAGAGCAGAAGAAAAUGAACAAUUCAGUAGUGCAGCUGAGGUUUUGGUUGUAAUUACUGAUGUGAACGAUUGCGCUCCAGAAUUCCAUCAGUCCAUUUACAGCAAAGCCAGUGUUCCUGAAACAGUUACUACGACUACUGCACUUCUACAAGUGACAGCCACUGACUGUGAUUCAAAAGAAAAUGCUGAAAUAUUGUAUUACACUUUGAGUCCAGACUUCAGUAUUACUUCUCAUGGUACUAUAUUCCCAGCAAGAGAAUUGGACUAUGAACGACCUAACCAUCUUUAUGAGUUCAUAAUUAUGGCUGUGGAUAAAGGGGAAGAUCCAAAAACUGGGACAGCAACUGUUAGGAUCCAUGUUUCAAACGUAAAUGAUGAAGCUCCUGAGUUUUCCCAGACAAUUUACAGGAGCUUUGUUUCUGAAGAUGCAGGCCCAAAUACAUUGGUAGCUACAGUCAAUGCUGUUGACCCUGAUGGAGACGGUGUGACCUAUGAUAUUCCCUCUGGGAAUCAAAAAGGAAACUUCAUUGUUGACCCUAAGAAAGGGCUAGUUAGACUUCGUUCAAGCCCAUUUCCAAAGCUGCAGGGGACAGAGUAUGUACUUAAUGUCACAGCUACAGAUGAUAACGCUUCGGGAGGGCCCCAUUCUCUUACAAGUACUGCUCAGGUUAUUGUGAAAAUUGAUGAUGUCAACAACAACAAACCAGUCUUUCAGAAGUGUCAUUAUUAUAGGGAACAUGCUUCUGUGUUGGAAAACCAACCCUUGGGGACAGCUGUACUGCAAGUUGAAGCAACUGAUGCUGAUGAAGGAGCCAAUGGUAUAGUGAAAUAUGGCUUGAUGCACAGAGAUGGUGUCCUACCAGCAUUUAGAAUUCACCCUGACACAGGAGUUCUGACAACUGUUCAGGUAUUUGAUAGAGAAAAACAGAGGGAAUAUCCUGUCACUGUGACAGCAACAGACCAGGCAGCAGAACCACUCAUUGGAAUGUGUCAGAUAAAUGUUCUCAUUCUGGACCAAAAUGACAAUGAUCCCAGAUUUGAAAACACCCGCUAUGAAUAUUUCCUAAGAGAGGACACAAGAGUUGGGACCAGCUUUCUCCGUGUUACAGCCCAUGACGAUGACUACAGCUCUAAUGCUGUCAUCACAUAUUCUAUAGCAAAUGGGGAAACAGAUUACUUACAGAUUAAUCCCACUAGUGGCUGGAUAUUUGUUAACCAACCCAUAUCUCAGAGGUCAUCUAUAAUUCGAGAUAUUAUUGCUACAGAUGGAGGCAAUAGGAGCAGUAAAGUUGAACUUGUGGUAACUGUUACUAGUGCAAAAAACCAGCCUCCGCAGUGGGAAAGAGGCAGCUAUGAAGUUGUCAUUCCAGAGAAUACUACACGAGAUGCAUCAGUUUUGAGAAUCAAAGCGACUUCCCCCCUUGGUGAUCCUCGUGUGACUUACAACCUAGAAGAGGGACUUGUUCCAGAAACCAACAUGCCAGUUCGUUUCUACUUGACUCCAAACAGAGAUGAUGGCUCUGCUUCAAUCCUGGUAGCUGAGCUACUGGAUUAUGAAACAACAAAGAACUUUCUGCUGAGAGUUCGAGCACAGAAUGUUGCUGCAGUUCCUCUAGCAGCAUUCACUACGAUCUAUAUUAAUGUAACAGGUGUGUAA